GGACACAGGCACACAGACAGACAGACAGACAGACGGGGGAGGGGAGGGGAGGUUCCAGACAGAAGCCAGGAGAUCUCAGGUGCAGCCAGAUGACAGAUGGGGGGGGGUGGAGAGGACAGACAACCAGUUCAAGGUAAAGGCAGACCGAAUUCUCUCCACCCCGCCCCCUUACACACACACACGCAAUACAAUUACACACAGACACCCCAGACACGGACCACCAUCACCCCACCUGAUAAUACCCGCGGCUUCCCCGGGAAAGACGGACCCACAGACACCCACCUGGCAGCCGCCGGAGAGAAGAGAUGCUGAGGCCGCAGAGCAGCCCCCCCUUACCCACCCCUGCAGCAAAGGACGGGACUGACUGACACAGACAGACAGACCCACCCCACCCGCCUGCCUGCCACACACACCUAAGCUGGGGCGGGGGGCGGGAGGCUGUGUGAAGGAGCCCGAGCCCGAGCCCGAGCGGGAGGGGAGGGUGGGGAGGGAGGGGGGACGGGGGAGAGGGACACACACACACUCGCUAGAACACAGGCUCCUGGGGUGAUUAACAUUCAGUCCGCGUCUGCCCCUCUCGCGGAGACAGACGCGGCCCUCCCCGCAGGGCCCCUGGGGGGGGGACCCCCGGGGUUGCAGAGGGAGCGGACUCCCCAGAUGAGGCCCUGGCCACAGACAACAGGGGAGAGGGGAGGAGAGCUAAAGAAAGGGAUGCCCCCCUUCCAGCCCCCAAGUAUACCCUCGGCUCUCCGGGACCCGGGGAGGGGCAAUUUCCUCGGACCCUCGCCCCAGCGCUUGAGAAAUGCAGGGGAGGGGGCACACACCGAGGGGCGGGAACCCUGCUUUUCCGCCUUCUGCUCUCCCUUGCACCUUGCGCUGUCCCUGGGGCUCGGCGCUGGCAGCCCGUCGGGGGGCCCAAGCACUGGGCCUUCUAGCCUCCCACCCAGGGCCCCGCGUGUCCAGGCCCCCUCGGGGACCCGGGCGUCCUCGGGAGCCUCGCUCCUCCUCUCCUCUGGGAGGAUUGAGACGUCCAGUCCCGCAGCCCCCUCCGCUCCCCAGCCCGUUGGGGACCCCAGGGCCCGGGCUCCUCCCUCUCGGGGCUCGCUCCCUCCCGGACCUGCUCUCAGACCCCAGAACCGGGGACUUAAUGGACGGCCAGGGGGGCCUUUUGGGGCCGCGGGGUGACCCCUUCUUGGAGCUCCCGAGCAAGUGGGAGCCGGAACCCCCGAGACAGCGGCGGGCCCCCCCCCCGGGCAGGGGC